CUAAGGAAAAAAAAAACGUUCUUAUAUUAACACUUUGCCCGUUAUUUAUCCUCAGCCUUGCUGGAGCUGUAGGAGGUGGAGAGGGUUAGUCCAGAUUAGCUCUUCUUCUGCCUCUCGACCUUCCUGAACUUGUUUGCUUGUAUCUGUGCACAGUCACUCUCAUCGCAGGUGAUUUAUUAUUGUCUCAGGCGGCAGGUGCUAUUUUCAUUGCUGCUGCUUGUCAUCAUUACUCUACAUUUACCAUCUUAUAGCGCUUUUGUUAGUAGCUAAGUGCUUAAAGCUCUGUGGCAGUCUGUGAGAAUGAAGAUGAAAGGUAGAGUGUGGAGCAGUCAGUGACAUUAGGUUAAGGGCUUAGGUUUAAUGUCAACAGGAAAAUACUGCUGCCCGUGGAAGCUCUUCAGUAUCCUUGCUUGUCUUGGCUCAGCCAACUGUAUUUCAGGCUUGAACAUCCAUUGCUUGCAGUGUUGGACUUCACACCAUUCAACAGCUCUGAGACUGGAAAUGGAAAAAGUCAUUUACAUAGCACUUCACUAAAAUUACGCUACAAGCCCAAUUCUCCUGUAUAAAGCACUUAAUUCUAUGCAUUUUAAGCAUGUCAUCUCACACUGACAGUUUACCUAACAUGCAUGUCUUUUAUUCAUAAUGCUCUGAAUAAAAAAAAAAAAAAAAUUGGGAAGUACCAGCAAUAUCUGCGAAUCAAUUUCCCGUCAGGGACAAUAAAGUUACCAUUGACCAUUGACCAUAUCUGUUGUUGCUGUGGAUUUUCUCACAAAUUAAGUUGUUUUGUAACUUGUACCGGUACAAGUCGAUAUGUUAGCUUUGCAGAUCUGAGUGCCGUGGUUAAAUGAAUCAGCUUGAUUCCUCCGGCAGAGGAAGACAAAUCAUUUUUCUAGGCUAUGUUUUAAUAUUACUGUCAUAACUUUGUGUUUGUUUGUUGCAUUUUGUUUAAGAAACAAGAUUAUAAAUUUACUGAAUUGGUAUUUAUUAGUAGGGCUGGGCAAUAUGACCUCAGAUCAAAUCACCGUUAAUACAUAUGCAUACAGAGUUCUUGCGCUCAUAGUUCACUAGGUUUUUACUGAAGCUGAGAUAUUUUUUUCUGUAAUAUGAUUGAGCUCCAAAUUUAACAUAUUGGUGAUAAUCACAAAACAAUUUUUUUUUUACAGUUGUUGGUUGUCUUUGUUUGAUGUUGUCUUUACUAAAGUCAAACAAUGGACAUUGUUUUUGUAUUUGGUACAAAGUACGCAAGUUGGGCAAUCGGCUUGGUGUUUGACUUUUCCUCCUUGGUGUUUCCACGUCACAGACUAGAUAAGGCAGUCCUGUUACAACACACACAGUAGUAUGUAUAAUAAUGGGGGGAGUAUUAAUUUAAUUGAAAAGGUUCUGAAUGUCAGUUUUUAUGCAGUUUUGAUUAAUUGUCUGUCCCAUUCUUCAAACUAGCAUCAGUUGCUAAAGUUAACAAAAGACAAGGUAACAAGUGAAGGGAAACAUUCACAGGGAUAUGAUUCUAACCCUUUAAGUGGAAUAUAUUUUUUAUGACAUUGUAAAUACUAUUAUGUGCUUGCUGACUGGUACACGUAAAGUCUUUAAGCAAUAACACUAUUAGUUAAGCAAAAUUGAUCCAACCACACUAUCAGAGUAUGUAGAAAGCGAAAUGUAGAGAAAUUCUUGUCAUGUGUUCCACUCAGUUUCAAAGAAUUUUGGUCAGUUCAGGAUGAACAACUGAAUCGACACUGUCUGUUGUGAUACAUGGCUACCAUUUAUGCAGUCCUGCUGUUGGUCCACUGUUCAGACAGCGAUCUUAUAAUCAGUGUGUAUUAGUAAUGUUUAUAGAAAUCAUUGGUAAUGUUUUCACAGUACUGUAGCAUGUGGGUGCAGGAAUAAUUUGUCUGAUCCGUCAAACUGUCGAAAUACGUAAAAAGUGCUCUGUUGUGUUUGUUUCCUCUGAGGACUUUUUCUUCAUUAUGCCCAUUAAGAAGAGAGAGCAAAUUAUGCAGUCACAGUGCAAAUAUAUUGUUUUGCACUCCCCAAUUUUAAUCUGCCGAUUAUAAGUGAAAAUAUUCUGGUUAUGCAGGAUCCCACCCAAAAAACAAAACAAAAAAACCCCAAAAAAACAAAACAGGCCAAUAAAGAAGUUAUCUGUCAUUCUCUAUGACUUAAAAACUGGGUUUGCUUGUAAAUUGCAGUAGUACCACUAAUAACAAGACCAUAUAUUUCUAGUUUUAACUCAGUAAAGGCUAACGAAAUGCAUUAAUUAACUGUUGUAGCUUUUGUCUAAAUUCUAAAAAAAAAAAGCUGCAUGAAGCAAAUGCUGUUAUGACUGCACAAAGAUUACUUUUUUCUUGAAUGUUAUUCUUUUCUUCCAUCAUUAUACAGUAUCACAUAUCAAUAGAUCCACACCUCAAUGUACACUCAUAUGCAGCUGAAAUAGAAAGUACAUUUUAAAUGAUAAGUUAGUAAUAUUUCCACCUUUAUAUAAGACUUGGAUGUAGGCAGCAUGAUGUCAUCCACUGAACAUAUAAGUAAUUUUGUGAAGCCUCAAGCUGAGUGUUUUCGUCCUAGCCAUCUUGGCUUUUUUCAUCCCAGGUGUUAUGAGCGCAGUGCGAAGCUGGCUGAGACAUCCAACAAUGUUGCAUGCUCAUUGGAGAACAAGUAUAGUAUAUUAUUGUUUUAUCCUUGUUUUCAGACUCAGUAAAUUAAUAUUUUUUCUUAACUGGUUAUCCACUUCAGGUUCAUGAAGGGGCAUAUUAUAUUCCUGCUUUCAUGGGGUAAAAGGGAGAGACCAGUCCAUUAUAACUCUAACACAGUGAGAGACAUGGCCAUUUUAGAACCAUCAAUUAGCCUAACAAGCAAAGGAAAUCAAACAAGGUAAAAUAUUGUCAAAUAGAAAUAGAGAAUUGAAAAAGGCUUUCUAAAUGUAUUUCAAGAAUUUUAACAAGGUCUUAGAGCAAGAAAACUGAGGGGUUAUUUUCUUAGACAUCUAUUUAACCAUGAGUAACCACAGGAGGUACCCCUGCUGGCCAUGAAAGAAGCACAGGUGUAAGGCUCUACAGCAUAAAGUUGAUUAAACAAUUUCUGAUUUAAUUACUUAAAAUGAUUGUCAUUAAAAUCCCUCAAACAUGUUGUCAGUUACAUUGAAUGGCAUUGAACAACUGGUUCUCAUACUGUAACUGGUUCUUUUAAUUUGAUUUAAAAUUGUAAAGUAAAAAGUCUGUGAAAUACUAAAUGCUAAACUUCCUCCUGGAUUUGAUCUCAGUGUCCACACUGGGUAAUGUCAAACACUGUAUUGGUUUAAUGACUUGCAUAGUCUGUAUUUACUGCAACCUACAAUUUCUGUUUCACCUUAAAAUGACACCGAUAUAUCAUAUUCUUGAGCAUGGAUCUCAUCAGUGGGUAACUGUAGAUGUGUUCCCGAAGGUCUGAUUUGAGUUAUCAGAGGUCAUGAUGGCACAAAGCUAGCAGCAGCCAGGACAGCAUAUUGCUCUAUUCAUCUUAAUAACUCCUGUGGGCAGGGUGGCCGCGAAAGUUGAGGAAGGGCCUGAAAACUCUCUCCUGUGACCUUCUGAGAGAAACAAAUGGAGCAGCACAUGGCUGGCAGACGAUCCAGUUGAGCUGCCAACUGCAGUAAAACUGUGAAAAGAAAAGCGAACAUGAGAGAAUUAGUCUAUCGGUCUGAUUUUACAGAACCUUCUACACUACAUUGGUUUGACCUCUUACUCAACCACACAUUAUAUUUCGCUCACGUUUGUCUUUGUAGAAGCACUAAUUGAAUUCAUCCAAUAUUAAGGAAAGGACCCACAUACUAUACCAACUUGACCUUGGCUAAGAGUUGCUAACAACUUGCGUCAAAGUGAGGCCUGCUGUGCCAUCACUCCACAUUCAUGAUGGUCAAUCUCCUAUUUCUAAUUUAGAAAAUAUGUUUGGGUUACUGCAACAUGGAUUCAUUUCUUGCUUACUAAGCAAUUAUGGUGGCAGACACAAAGAGAGAAGAGGAGGGUAACUAUAGGAUUGAAACCUGAGGAUGGUGCAGGAAUUUGUCAGCCCUCUGCACUGACACCAUUAUCCAAGACAACUUCUCACGGAUGGUGAUAUAUGACUAAGGUGACCAUAAUCAUUAUUCACAGAACAGUCUUCUUCUUCUUCUUUUCCCUGGCAUCCCUUCAUCCUGGGUCUGAUCAACUGUGUUCCAUUAUGCUGCUGUAAUGAUUUGUGGAGGUCUGUGUUGCUGUAGCAUUUGAAGGACGGUGUGUUGCAGAGCUUUCCAAAACAAUAUCAUAACCCAUAUCCAUUAGCCAUAUGGGUUCCAUUCCCCAGAUUUGCUUGAUGCAAUUUAGGUGUCCUCGCACAGUAGACCCAUGUGACACGCCUAGGAUUCAAUUAAUUAGACGGUAUUGUUUUCUUUUUCUAGCUUUUAUACCCUACUUUAAAUGGUGGUUUCCACUUUGUAUGUCCUAUGGAAAAAGCUGAUGAUUUUCUUUGAGAUUACUUUAUUCAUUAAAUAUUUAAUCAGUGGAUUUAGCAAAAACAAGGCUACCACAGUUUAUUAAAUAACUACUUCUUUUUCUGUAUUGAUUGUAAUGGUCAAAAACUACGUCAAUAUGGCGUAUGGGAUAUGCUGCAUCAUAUCUUGACAAAUACAUGACAAAUUGAAAUAAGAAAAGUGGACAUUGUUUUAAAGUUCUCUAUUACAUAUUACAAACUAAUCCCAAUGUAGAUUUUCUUUUAGAUCCAGGGACUCGUUUUAUGUAUGCUGUUUAAAGCACUGAUGGAGGUUUGCAGUAUUGGACUAUUCUUGUACUUGGACCUCAACCACGUAAUUACAACAUCAGCUAAGGUCCUGCAGUAAUUGCUUUUUUUCUUGCUCUCUUUCAGGGGAGUGAUUUGCUGAUACGUCAUAUACGGCAGAAUGAAAUGGCAUUUUAUCAAAUUACCACAACAGGUAAAUUUUUGCCAGGGACACACAGACACAUUCUUCCUCUUUCUGCAGUGUAUAAAGAGAAAACACAAAUACUGAAUAAAUAACAAUAUUAAAUUGUAGUUUACCUUAGAAACCUACUGCUUUCUGAUUAUACACCACUAAUAAAGGCUGCAUUUCAUGGAUGGACUUUAGCAUGGGUAGUUUUAAGCUUGAACAUUUUCAAAGAAAUUUUGAAACACAGGCUCUGUGUUCCUAACACUCGCCCUAGUUUUCCAUUACAAUAGUAGAAUGUUCCUAUAAAUUUUGUAUCAUUAGCAAACAACAGUGUGGGAAAGAAACAAUAUUUGUCUUCAUAAAUGUUAUAAAAAUAUUUUGUCUCUAUGGUUUAUGUUGCAAUGAGUCUUGGUAGUUACAAAAACAAAAAAUUGUUUUCUGUUCAUCCUUUUUAAUUUGAGCGUAAUGUAACUGAUGAGGAAAACAUCCCGGACAUUGUGCCUUCCUUCUCUCACCACAACCGGUCGUGGCAGAUGGCCGCCAACCCUGAGCCUGGUUCUGUCAGAGCUUUCUUCCUGUUAAAAUGAAGCUUUUCCUUUUCUCUGUCGCCAAAGUACCUGCUCAUGGGGUGGGGGGUCAUAUGAUUUUUGUGUUUUUCUCUGUAUGUAUUUUUGUAGGGUCUACCUUAUAAUAUAAAGCGCCUCGAAGCGACUGUUGAUGUGUUUGAAAUUUAUUCAGAAUGUCCAUGAAAAUGGAACACGAUCACAGGUGGUGACAUGGGACAGAAUUAUUGCUGACUUUGCCACAACUUGUCCUUUAGGACAAAUGAAAGUAAGGAGAUUUGUUAUGAAGAGCUCCCAUUUCUGUUAUCAACUGUUUGAACUAAGCUUGUGGUUCAAACUCAUUGGUAUUACAUGAGAACAAGCAAGUCAAACAGUGCUUGCCAUGCUCUUAGCCAGGCAGUGCUUGCCUCAUCAAAUUUAAAAAGAUACAUAAAUUAAAACAUACAAACAACCAUAAAUUCAAAAACAGUGCUGUCAUAAAGCUCCUCACCUAUUUGCGUUCAUCCCAUGCAUUACUUCUAUCUUGUGUCUUUGGCUGCAGUUGACUAUUAUACUGAAAGCCCUGCUUGUUUUGUACUCUUGAAAAUUGCAAAAAGUAGGUGUGUCUGUCUCCUGAGCUGAGUUGAGAGCGCAGUAGCUUUUUUUUUGGUUUGCUCAUGCACAUUGUGGAUAAACCUCUGGUCUUUCACAGGAAACUGAUGACCAGCGUGUGUGGCAAACUGCUGCAGGCCCUACUUUCAUUGCUCUGAGAUCAGUUGCAAUCUGCGCUUUGUGUGAAAACACAGCUAGCAUAAGCAAGUAAAUGAGUAUCAGUGAUUUAUCAUUGUAACAGAUGAGUUUCCUCUUACUACCUAACAACUUAACUACUUUGGUCAAUGUGUGAUGGAGUGUGAAAAAGUUGUUAAAAAGGUCUAAUGAUGAUGGAGAGGGACAGUACCUCUGACCAUGUGCAGGCUCAGCAGCACUUUCAGAUUAGCGUCUAUGAGAAAGCACUUGGUUGACUGAAUGUAACAAAUUUAACCAGCUGUCUGUGAACACUGCACCUUCAUUUUUCAUUAAUAUUAUUUUCGAUAUUUUGGAUAUUGAUAGUUAAUGAUGUGACACACAGCUCAAGCCUUUUAAUUCAAAUUAUUUUUAAUUAUUAUAUUUUAAUACACUUAAAAAAAAUCAUGAUGUAGACCUGCAACUGUUUUUACUUUUGAUACCUUAUGUCUCGAAAGCCAGGGAUUGAACUCAGAAUCAGAAUCAGAAUACUUUAUUGAUCCCCAGGGGAAAUUAUGUUGGUUACAGUGCUCCAGUACAAACAGUAACAAAAACAGACAAUACAAGAAGUAAGAAAUAACACAAUAUAUAGAAUAUAUACAUAUAUAUAUAAGUCAGUUACUGAUGAAUAUCUGGAUAAGAAAGAAGAGCACGUGCAAAAAUUGUGUAGCUAUAGCAGUAUACAGUGUGUUAGGUGGAUGAGUUGUACAGGGAGAUGGCCACAGGCAAGGAUGGUUUCCUGUGUCGUUCAGGUGCUUUUUGGUAAUCUCAGUCUCUCACUGGACGUGCUCCUGUGGCUAGCCAGCACGUCAUGGAGUGGGUGGGAGGAAUUAUCCAACAUUGCUGCCAGAGUUUGCGCCCUUGACCAUCAUCUGACACACAUUGUACAUGACCCCUAGAGUUCCCUAAUGCCCUGAAUGUUGUAGGGCUGUGUCGGCUGACAUGCCUCUGCAAUACAACUUGGAGAUCUGCAGUAGUGCCACCGGAUUGGCUGACUAGGGUGGUGGUUCUCAUCUUUAAGAAGAGGAACUGGAGAGCGUGUGCUCCAGCACCAGGGGUCACGCUACUUAGGCUUCCUGACACCCCUGGAGAGAUUAUAUUUCUUGGCUGGCCUGGGAAUUCUUCUGUGUUCCCCAAGAUGAGCUGGAGGACGUGGCUGGGAAGAAGGAAAUCUGAGGUUCUCUGCUUAGGCUGUUUAGGCUGCAUUCCUUCCGGACGAUAAUGCCCCUGAUAAGAGAAACAAAUGGAUACUUUAUGGAUGGAUACUCUACAAUAAUUUGUUUGAGGUAUAGCGAGGAAUUUUCAUAGUUUUUGAUUGCAUUUCUUCCUAAAUUAAUAGUUUGAAAAACUCUUCCAUCACUUGUCAUUGUCAGCGCACAGUAAAAAAAUGUUUGGUUAUAUAUUUUAUAAUUAUUUUAUUCUAGAAUUCUUCAGCCAGGAAAAAGUGCUUAAAAGUGAAGACAUCCAUCUGAAGUGCCGAUAGUCAGCGAAAAGAUACUGCAGCAACGUGAGUACAUAAAGCAGUAUCCAGGUGCAAUACACCCACUCUGGCAGUCAUGAAGAAUAGAGGGCUGAAGUCACAGUCCUGAAGAUUGAUGGAGGGCCAUGCUAUUCAAACAGCAGGCAUUGCUGAGACAGAAGCUCUUCGUUUUGGGCAGCCUUGCUAUCGGAAGUGUCCUCUAUCUCGUGGCGAGGGUUGGGACUUUGGAUAGGCUACAGCCCAUUUGCCCAGUUGACAGCAGACUGUCCGCCCCUGAACCAGAGCAAAUUCCUCUCCGCACUCUGCAGUUUAAGCGUGGCCUCCUACAUGAAAUCCGUAAGGGCAAUGCCACCAAAGAGCAAAUUCGCCUGCACAACCUGGUCCAACAACUGCCUCAGGCCAUUAUCAUCGGGGUGCGUAAAGGUGGCACCCGUGCCCUGCUGGAAAUGCUCAACCUGCAUCCAGCAGUUGUCAAGGCUUCACAAGAGAUCCACUUCUUUGACAAUGACCAAAAUUACGCUCGUGGCAUCGACUGGUACAGGGGGAAAAUGCCCUUCUCCUUCCCUCAUCAGAUCACCAUUGAAAAGAGCCCCGCUUACUUCAUCACAGAGGAAGUCCCUGAACGGAUAUUCAAGAUGAACUCUUCCAUCAAGCUGCUGAUCAUCGUGCGCGAGCCUACCACCAGAGCUGUGUCGGACUAUACCCAAGUGCUGGAGGGCAAGGAGCGCAAAAACAAGACCUACCACAAGUUUGAGAAGCUGGUCAUUGACACCAACACCUGCGAGGUGAACACGAAAUACAAAGCAGUCCGGACCAGCAUCUACACCAAACAUUUGGAGCGUUGGUUGAAGUACUUUCCCGUGGAGCAGUUUCACAUUGUGGAUGGGGAUCGCCUUAUUACAGACCCGCUGCCAGAGCUGCAGCUUGUUGAGCGCUUCCUUAACCUCCCCUCCAGGAUCAGCCAGUAUAACCUGUACUUCAAUGCCACCAGGGGAUUUUAUUGUCUGCGAUUUAACAUUGUCUUUAACAAGUGCCUGGCAGGCAGCAAGGGCCGCACCCAUCCAGAGGUGGACCCAUCAGUAGUGACUAAACUGCAAAAAUUCUUUCAUCCCUUCAAUCAGAAGUUUUACCAGAUCACUGGUAGGACAUUCAACUGGCCAUGAUGAGCUCAAACUCCUCUGAUGAGAUUCUUUGAAUUGGGGUUUAUUUAAAAAUGCCAAAUUCUGAGACCUCGAAAGACAUUAAUAGCACUUUGAUGGCAUUUAAUACCAGGAUGACAGUGUGACCAAAUAUAAAAGGAACUUGAUGUAAAUUUCUUUUCAAAUGUGUGAAAGAAAAAAAGAACAAAAUAGUUUCAUGGUUUGACUAAAAGCUGCAGUUCAAAGCACUUGAUCUUGCAAAUGAACUCACUUGUCUGUCAAUGUUUUCCCCAUGUAGAGAAAAAAACAGUGCUGAGCUGUGUGAUUAACUAAAGAGAUUAUUUUUAAGAGAUUAUCAAACACUGACAUUCGUGCUGUUAAGAUAAGCUAUAAGUGUGAUGCUUUUUUUCAUGAAAAAACACCUUCAAAACCGAACAGAAAAAGUUCAUCAUUCCUUAUCGUGGUGUUUACCUGGCCAAAACUGCAUGUAAAAUCCAGUUGCCAGUAUAACACAGUAGACUUUUGUGUUUGCUCAUUGUGUUUUUUUUAACGCCUGCUGUGAUCAGUCCUUUAGAACAGCGGUCUCCAACCUUUUUUGCGCCACGGACCGGUUUAUGCCCGACAAUAUUUUCACGGACCGGCCUUUAGGGUGUCGCAGAUAAAUACAACAAAAUAAAACUAGUAC